AUGGGCUCGAUUUCAAGUAACAAAGCAGGGUCCGUUGCUCUGAUAACCAAGCUGAACCAUCUCAGCCCGCGGCUCGUUGAUGAACAAGACCUUGAAGCGAGAAGAGAAGCGCUCCAGACAGUUAAGAUACUGCGGAUACAGCUGGAACAGCCAGAAAAUGUAGCUGUGGAUAUGGCAUUUUCUCCCAUGAUUGCCGUCAGCGCGCGAGUUGCCGUGGAUUUGAAGUUAUUCCAGCACAUCGUUCAGGAAGGGCCCAUUACAUCUGCGAGAUUGGCAGAGCUGUCUGGAGCUGAGGAGCUGUUGAUAAUACGCAUUUUGCGGCCUCUAUCAGCGGUUCACUUGGUUGAGGAAGUCGAUUCAAGAACAUGGACUGCGACACCCGUCACGAGGGCCAUGGCUACUGAAGAAAUUGCCGCUGGCCAUCGAAUGAUCUCCCAAUUGAUUGUUCCAGCCAUGCAAAGUGCCCCAGCUUACUUCCUCCAACGCGGCCAUUCCUGCCCCAGCGAUCCCAAGGAUGGACUCAUGCAAUACGCUUUCAACACGAAACAAACCACAUUCGAACGGAUAGUGUCUUCUCCCUCCCUGCUCAAGGACUUCAACAUGUUCAUGGGCAAUACAAUGGGAGCGCGGAAAUACUGGGUUGACUGGUACCCAGUGCAGAGCCAAAUCCUCGACGGGGCAGCCACAGACAAGCCUCUGAUUGUUGACGUUGGGGCAGGGAAGGGCCAUGACUUGUUGUCGUAUAAGAACAGAUUUCCUAACACGGGCAGGCUAGUGUUGCAGGACUUGCCGGAGGUCGUAGAGACGCUGGAAGACUUGGAUGAGGCGGUUGAGAAGGUUACGUAUGAUUUUUUCACCGAACAGCCCAUCACAGGUGCAAGGAUCUACUUCUAUCACCAUAUCCUUCACGACUGGUCGGAUUCUUACUGUCUCAAAAUCCUCGCAAGGGCAGCUGCGGCAAUGAGGCCAGGUUACUCGAAGCUUCUGGUGCAUGAGAUGAUUGUUCCGGAACAGGCAGCUUCGCAGUUCCAGGCCCAGUUAGAUAUGACAAUGAUGGCUUUCAACUCCGGUGUGGAACGCACGUCACGACAGUGGCGUGAGCUGUUGGAGAAGGCUGGGCUAACGGCGGUGAAGUUCUGGGAACCGGUCGAUGAGGGUGGUGACGGCAUCGUUGAGGCGAUGAAAAUGUAG